GUAUCGCCUAAAAUCGUAGCGUUGCGCAUCUCCCUACUCAUCUCUGCUAUAUCUGGCACAUGUCCCCGAUUGGGACACAUCUCCUCAUUGGAGGAGUCAGCCAUAAGGAAAGGAAGGAAGGAUCUCUGCUAUAUAUGCGCUGUUGGGGAGUUUGUUGCUACAUAUGUAUCUACUAAUGAUUGGAAACAUUUGAGGUUAUGUUAUGUUAUGUUUACUGGACAUUUAUUUCAGUUUACUCAGAUGAAGUGAUACUUGUUGGGGAUUUAAAAAUCAUCAACACGUGUAAUCUGUCCUUUUUCAACUGUUUGAUAAAUCAUACUGAUUCAUCAGAUCAACCGGUAUAUAAGUAAUGGAAAGAUUUUGUAGUUAUAUUCAUGUUCCUAAAAUAUAAUAGAAGUGAAGUUUGAAAAUCAUGCCUGAUAUUAAAAUAACACCAUUGGGAGCUGGUCAAGAUGUGGGCAGGAGCUGCAUUCUUGUAUCUAUGGGAGGAAAGAAUAUUAUGCUCGACUGUGGGAUGCAUAUGGGUUUUAACGAUGAAAGAAGAUUCCCAGAUUUUUCAUACAUUGUACCAGAAGGUCCUGCAACUAGUCACAUAGAUUGUGUUAUAAUUUCACAUUUUCACUUGGAUCACUGUGGUGCGCUUCCAUAUUUUACAGAGAUGGUAGGCUAUACUGGUCCAAUUUACAUGACCCAUCCUACCAAGGCAAUAGCUCCAAUACUUCUAGAGGAUAUGAGAAAGGUUGCAGUAGAGCGAAAGGGAGAGAGUAACUUCUUCACAUCACAAAUGAUCAAAGACUGUAUGAAAAAGGUUAUUGCAGUCACUUUACAUCAAUCGGUAAUGGUUGAUCCGGAAUUGGAGAUAAAGGCAUACUAUGCAGGACAUGUACUUGGAGCUGCUAUGUUUUGGAUUCGUGUUGGUGCGCAAAGUAUUGUAUAUACUGGAGACUAUAACAUGACUCCAGAUAGACAUUUAGGUGCAGCAUGGAUAGAUAAGUGUAGACCAGAUUUAUUGAUCUCUGAAUCAACUUAUGCCACAACUAUCCGCGAUUCCAAAAGAUGUAGAGAGAGAGACUUCUUGAAGAAGGUUCAUGAAUGCAUAGAUAGAGGCGGCAAAGUAUUAAUCCCGGUGUUUGCACUGGGACGAGCUCAAGAACUCUGUAUACUUUUAGAAACAUACUGGGAAAGAAUGAAUUUGAAAGUUCCAGUAUACUUUGCCCUUGGUCUUACAGAAAAGGCAAAUAAUUAUUAUAAAAUGUUUAUCACUUGGACAAAUCAAAAGAUUAAGAAAACAUUUGUACAAAGAAACAUGUUUGAGUUCAAGCACAUAAAACCGUUCGAUAAAGCCUAUAUUGAUAAUCCGGGAGCUAUGGUUGUUUUUGCUACCCCAGGCAUGUUGCAUGCUGGACUAUCAUUGCAAAUCUUUAAAAAGUGGGCUCCAAACGAAGCAAACAUGGUUAUUAUGCCCGGAUUCUGCGUGCAGGGUACAGUCGGUCACAAAGUCCUAAAUGGCACUAAGAGAAUAGAGUUUGAAAAUAGACAAAUUGUAGAAGUGAAGAUGGCUGUAGAAUAUAUGUCUUUCUCAGCUCAUGCUGAUGCAAAAGGUAUUAUGCAGUUGAUACAAUAUUGCGAGCCCAAAAAUGUAAUGCUGGUACACGGGGAAUUUGCAAAAAUGGAGUAUCUCAAAGAAAUGAUCAAACAAGAAUACGGGACGAAUUGUUACAAUCCUGCUAAUGGAGAAACUUGCGUGAUAUCAACUUCGUCCAAAGUACCUGUUGAUGCAUCUCUGGCUCUUUUGAAAACUGAAGCAAAAACGUACGCAGCAUUACCUCCAGAUCCGAAAAGACGAAGAUUACUUCACAGUAUCUUGAUGCUUCGAGAAGAUGGUGUGUGCCUCGUAGACGCUGAUGAGGUGGCCAAAUCUGCAGGAAUUUCAAAACAUGUAGUUAGAUUUACAUCUACACUGCAUGUGAGAGACCCCAGCCCAGCACAUGCUACUACUACAAAAUUGUUACAACCCCUAAAAGAACGACUACAGGGUUGGACUGUUCAAUUAACCGAUGGUUCGAUAUCGGUUGAAUCUGUUUUGGUUAAAGUAGAAGGCGAUAAGGAUGAUCAAAAAAGUGUUUAUAUUUCAUGGACUAAUCAAGAUGAAGAUCUGGGAAGCUAUAUUCAUGGAUUUCUCCAAACCAUAUUAAAUUAAUGCACUUAGAGCGAAUGCUAGAAGCCACUCUCGUAAAUGUCUUAUACGGUAUAAAUCACCACUGUACGGUAUCUGAUAACGAAAUGAAUGUAAAGGAAAUGAAGGUGAAAAAAGACGCGUGUAAUUGCCAGCGCUGCGUAUGAUGAUCUGGGACAAUCAAGAUGCAAAAAGACAUUCACUAUGCACUAUAGUAACAAAAAAAAAAAGAAAAACGAAAAAAGGUGGAAACCUAAAGCUAUUUGAACAUAAACAUUAUGCAGCUAUGAUCCAAACAUCGCAUAUGAUCUCAGAAUGGAUUGUGAGAGACUGUAAUAUGAUAUAUAUGGAAUACAAAAAAAAAA